CCCCACUUGGCCGACCUUGCACUCCUUGCAUCUCGCGAGCAACACGUCAUCGCAAUACGAGGCGCUUCUCCCGCUGAGCAGCCAGCAUGGACUACACCUCUUCCAUACACGACGCGGAGCACGCCGCCGAGGCUUCGCCUUGGGGAAACUCUCCCACCUCGUCGCCCGGGCCUAACCAGUCCACCUUCGGCCCCAUCGCCGGGGACACCCCGGGCUCGCCUUUCCGAUACCCGAACUCGAACAAUGGCCUAAACGAUGACGGCGGUUUUGGGGGAAGUGACAUCGACUAUAGGAGGCCAGAUACCGCGAGCACUGUCUCUCAGCCAACCGAACCUGAACCCGAGGUGUCAGCCGGGGUCGAGUCACACCCGGACCAUCAGGAUGUUGCUGGUGAUCAAGGGCCACUUUCACAGCAGUUACAGCAGCAGCAGGAGCAGCAGCAACAACAACAACAGCAUCAAGAGCAGCAACCACAAAAGGCGACAGGCUCUAUAGACCGAGCGCAGGAACAGCAGCAGCCCCGGAGGCCCCCGCCGCCGCAAUUCAAACUGCAGGCCAAGAUUACCGGGCUCGAGCGCACCGGGCGCAAAGAUCCCAUUCUGCGCUUCGACGUCCAUACAAACCUCCCGGCAUUCCGAACAACCCAAUACCGUGAUGUUCGCCGCCUUCACUCGGAGUUCGUCAAGCUCGCCGAGCAUUUGAUCUCGGCGAACCCUGAAGCUAUCGUGCCGUCUGUGCCUCCCCCCCUGACGUCCGCCGGUGCAGGCACCGAGGAAGACGAGAUUCGGGUCAAAGCGUUAAUGCAGCGUUGGUUCAACUACGUAUGCAGCAAUGAGGUCCUUAUGCGCGACGACGAAAUGGUCCUCUUCGUCGAGAGCGACUUUGGCUACAGUCCCAUGGUUAAAAAGAAGCAGCCCGCAACCGGCGUGCGCCGCAAGAUUCUCAAGCAGUUCGCCCCACCCCCAGACGACACCCCCGAACUGCAGGAGGCGCGGCCUAUCGUCAAGCUGUUUUACCUCGGCGCCAUGGAUGCAGGCCACAAGGUGGACAAGCUGGUCAAAUCGCGGAGAGGCCUCGGCCUCUCCGAAUCGGAUUUCGGGGUCAAACUCGGCUCAAUGCACGUCCAGGAACCGCAUCCCGGCCUAGCCAAUGCCUACCGCAAGCUCGGAAAGGUCAUCCAAACAGUAGGCGAUUACCACGCAGCGCAGGCCACCGCCGAGGCCACCACCAUCGGCGACCCGCUCCAGUACCACUCACAAGACGCCUUUGUCGUCAAGGAAACCCUGACCAACCGCCAAAUCCUCAUCCGCGAGUUCCUCCAAGCCCAAGAAGCCACGCGCAGCAGGCUCAACGCCGCCGACCGGCUCAAAGCCUCGUCCAACGUGCGCCGAGAAAAAGUCGACGAGGCGAUUGCCUCCCUCGACGAAGCCCGCCAUAACGAGUUGGCGCUUCUUGAAAAGACGACCCGGGUCACGCAGAACCUGGUUCACGAGCGCCGCCGCUGGUUUGCCCGCACGGCCGCCGACCUGCGCCUCUCGAUCCGUGAGUACGUGCUGCGCGAGAUCGAGGCCGAGCGCCGCACCCUCGCGCUGCUCGAGAGCGCCCGCCCGGACAUUCGCUCCAUCGACUCCAGCGGGGGGCUCAGCCGGCUCGGCCGCGAGAGCCACCCACCCCACGCCAUCCGCCGUACCAGCAUGGCUGCCAGCCAGGGGCCCAAGGGCGACGCGUGGAGCGGCGUUCCCCGGCGCAGCGUGGAUGUUCUGGGCCGGAGCGUGUCGGGGAGCCUCGUGGGCAGCUCGGUGGUCGAGGCGGCGGGAGAGGAUGGCUCCUUUGCCGAGGGUGGAGAGCGCGGGGAUCUGAGCGGCCGGACGCGGACUCUGAGCGGGGUUGCUGGAGUGAGGAUGCCCGGUGUGUUGGAGGAGGACGAUGAGGACCGGGUCGAUGCGCGAAACGCAGCCAGCCGGUUGGCUGCGAGCACUUUUUAGAGUGACAUAUGCUGGGUCACGAGCCUGCUUACGGUUGGCCAUGCCACAGUAUGCGUUGGUGCCGAGGUACCUAGGGCAUGUCACGGUACACACUUAUCAUGAU